CAGCUCGACAGACUGCAUCUCCCUCUGCCACCCGCCCUGGGGCUCUGCGAUUUCACACUCGGGCAGCUGCUCUACGCCAAGCCAUGCAGGAGCGCUCGGCCAUGGCCUCCCCAGGAAAAGCAGACGGCGGUGCCUCCUGCCUCUCCUCCCAUUGCUUUGACCUGCUAACCAAAUCCUGCGUGAUAUGCUCCGAGCUGUUCGGGGACAACUCAACAAAGCCCGCCCCUGGAGUGCCCAGCUCAGACACACUGCCCACCGUCCCCUCCAUGCACCUGCCCAGCAGGCUUCUGAUCUUUGGGGUCCCUGCAUUGGUGGGACUUCUCCUGGCCUUGGCUGCCCUCUGGGGCUUCCUUGCCUGCAAGCUGGGGAAACGGAGGAGGAAGAGGAGGAAGACGGAGCAGGAGGUUGAAGACGGAGCACGAGAAAGCCUGGGUGAUGCCGGCCCCCUGCCCAGCUCCAGCUGCUUGGAUGUCAGUACUCCAGAGGGGAACGCCAACCCAGCACAAGGCCCCUGCCCACACCGCAAUGGAGGUCUGAGGAUGCCCAGGAGGGAUGGAGCGAAACGGCGGCCGUGCUGCCAGGGUGAUGCUAAGGGUGAUGUGGUGCUGCUGGCCACUACCUGGCCCCACCAUAAGGAGCAUGGCCACGGCUUCCCGCUGCCGGCCACCGAACUGGGAGCCACUGCCUUGGUCACCACCAAAACCACCCAGGAAUGCAUGGGUGAGGAGAGACUGUGACAGCCAGAGCCCUUCCCUAGGGGACAAAAUCUUGCACGGACAUAAGCUGCACCAGAACUGGGUUUCGCAUUUUAUGUUUCCCCAUUUGUAUGGAGUCCCAGCCAUGCCUGCAGUCACUAGAGGAAGCCCAAGGAUUCAUGCUGUGUUACCAAAAGCUGCUGAGCUAUGGAACUGGGGAGUCCAGAUGGGUCUGCUGCUGGAUGGGACACUUCUAGGGACACGGGGCUGGAAGAUCAGCAAGAGGGGAAGCAGGGAGUUCCUUUAGGACCGAACCCCAUCAACAUUAGCUCGAUGAUUGCUACUGACCAAUGGCUUGGGGCCUUAUGGAGAAAAGCUCAUCCAGCAUCUUCUCUAUGCACAGUUUUGCUUCUCCUGUCCCCUUCAUGCUGUGACAUCUAUAUCCCUGCUCCCUUUAGGCAUUGUUAUUUGGUGGCAGGCACCCGUGGGCAGUCAGGGGAACUCCCUCUGCAUCUUGAAUGCCCAGGGAAUGGGAAACAAUUCAUCUUUUUGAUCAGGGAGCAAGGGAAAGAAUCGUGGAAAUCUGUCUUUGCUCUGAGCAAUGGUAACUGAAGUCAGCGAGAACCAGAGGCAGGCAAUGGAGACUGCUGGUUGGGAGGAGCACUGGCUGCAGGAGCUUGUCAUGAUGGCCCCAGACAACCAUCGCUUCAGCUCACAGUGGCUGCAAAAAUACUGCAUGUCACUUGCGGUGACAGGACUCACAGUGAUGGAUGUACCCAUGCUGCACACAACCAGGCAGGGAGUGAUGCGAGCGUGGGAGGGAUGACUUAAUUUAUGUGUGUGUCUUCAGGGGGUUGCUAUGCGUGAGAAUUGACCAGCAGUGCCAGUCCAAGGCAGCUCAAUGGCCAUGCUCACACAUAAGCCAAUGGCUCACCUGUGCAAGAAGCUUUGGGAAUGAAGCCAAUAGUGCAGAUUGUGCUCUCUCCCAAGAUCCCAGCUUUGCUCCUCAUCCACCGUUUAUUCUGGCUUCCUAUGUCACCACCACCAAUGACUGCCACACCCAGCAAGAGCAUUCUCCUCCCUAUCACAGCCUUCAGAAGAUGGAGGAUGCUGCCGUGCUCACCCAAUGGCUAUGGAGGUCCAAGGAUUGAGCAGUGACAUUGUAUCUGGCGGCAUUGCCUCUGCAGGACCACGCGGUCUUGUUAGAGGGUGAUGCCUCCCUCCUCUCCUUGCCAUAGAUGCCAUGUUGGCUUUGCUACCUUCAUCCCAAUGGGGAACCAUUUGGGCACAUGAGCCUACGUUCUUCACCACACCUCCUCUUUCAGAUCUAAACCCACUUCCUGAGAUGAGCCUUGCUCCAGAUAAUGCCUAACACAUCUCAAGACGUGAUGUGUUCCCAUUGCUGGGGCUGCAGUCUCUGCACAUCUUAUUAGGUGGAAGUCCAUCAAGUCCAGCCCUGGACACACUCUGAACAACUCUAGGGAAGAUGACUCCAUCAUCUCCCUGGUUGUAAUAGAAGGACCACUGGGAGGCAGGACAGCCUACUUCAUGGACAGCAGGGCUAGGAGGCAGAGGGAGCAGUGCUGCUGCAUCUCCCCUUCCAUUUCCUAUAGCUGUGACAUAUGGGUAUGGUUCAGACUCCACACCAGAAAAUAAACUCCUAUAAUCUUGUUGAAAAAAAACACCUCUUUCUGCUCAGGUGAGGGUUCUGGCUCUUAUUUCUUCAGGUGUUUCUCCUUUGCAGGAUACCAUGGUGGGGUAUUGGAAUGGGCUGCCCAGGGGGGAGGUGGGGUCACCACCACCAUUGCUGAGGGUGUUCCAGAACCGUGUGGCUGUGGCACUGAGAGAUGUGGUUAGUGGGCAUGGAGGAGAUGGGCUGAUGAUAACACUAGGUGAUCUUAGAGGCCUUUUCCAGUCUUGAUUCUUUGAUUCUAUGGCCACCAGUGGGGCAUAAAGUGGGGAAACCCCAGGCAGGUUGUGAGGGGGACUUGUCUGCUGCUCAUUCACCUU